UUCCCCUCCAACGAUUCUGUGAUCCCGAGUGUGCGGCACCGGCCUUGGGGUCGCGGUUUCCCCCUUCCCUCUCUUACCGCUGGGCGGCUUCCCCCGGGCCGUGCAGCCCUCCCUUGGGCCGUCCCAACUCAUGCAGAUCCAUAUUGCCAGCCCAGCACCCCAUCACCAUGUUCGGCUCAUCCCGAGGAGGGGUCCGGGGGGGCCAGGACCAGUUCAGCUGGGAAGAUGUCAAGACAGACAAACAGCGCGAGAACUACCUGGGAAACUCCCUGAUGGCACCGGUGGGACGCUGGCAGAAGGGCAAGGACCUGACGUGGUACACCAAGGGCAAGCAGGAGCCCGCCCCGCUGUCCCGCGAGGAGGAGCUGGCAGCCGUGCGCCUGGCUGAGCAGGAGGCCAUGAUGGCAGCGCUGGGCUACAAGAACGUGAAGAGGCAGCCCACAGGCCUCAGCAAGGAGGACCUGGCUGAGGUGUGCAAGCGGGACAGCGCAGAGCGAGCCGAGGACGUGGAUCGGGUGGUGGGCUUGGGCAGCUCCAGCGGCAGCGCCGGGCGGGUGAUGCUCUCCAAGGAAGACAAGGAGGCAGCCAAGAUGGGGCUCUCUGUCUUCACGCACCAGAAGGUGUGCAGCAGUCCUGAGGCGUCGGGCUCCAAGAGGAAGCAGGACAAGGAGGAGAAGGCAGAGGAGAAGCGGAUGGAGAGCAGCAAGAAAUCCAAAAAGGAGAAGAAGAAAAAGAAAAAGAAGAAACACAAGAAGGAGAAGAAGAAAGACAAACACCACAAGCGGGACACCACCCCAUCAUCCUCCGCCUCCUCUCCCGACCGGGACGAGAGACGCCACCGGAGCAAAGCCCAGGAUCGCCCUGCAUCCCACGGCGGCCGUCCCGAGGCAUCGCGGCACCGGCACCGCCGUGACACGGACUCCUCUCACAGCAGCGGGGCCUCGGGCAGGAGCCCGUCCUCCCGCCGCCGGAGGGCGCGGAGCCGCAGCAGGAGCGGCCAGCGGCACCCGUCCCCGAGGCACAAGGGCAGGAGGAGGAGCAGGAGCCGAUCUCCUCGAUCCCACAGGGCCAGACAGCGUCACGAUACGGAUUCGGGUGACUGAGGGGUUUUCCUGGAGGGGAUGUUCCAUAGGUUAGAUAUUUUUUAAGGUUGUUAUCUAAAUUAAAGUCACAGCUUUACAA